CCGCGUUGGCCUGGACGUGGCACCUGCAUCAGAGGAGGAGGCAGUAGAGAGACUCCCAUUUUCUAUAGGGGCUGUUUAAACGAUUUCUGUUUCUAACUGUAGACAUCACUCGAAGUGUUAAAGGGGGGGUACUCUCGCACAACAUGGGCCUCACUAUCUCGUCGCUUUUCUCCAAGCUUUUUGGCAAGAAACAAAUGAGGAUACUUAUGGUUGGUCUGGAUGCAGCUGGGAAAACCACUAUUUUAUACAAACUGAAGCUGGGAGAAAUCGUUACUACCAUUCCAACCAUUGGUUUUAAUGUGGAAACAGUGGAAUACAAGAACAUCUGUUUCACAGUAUGGGAUGUGGGUGGCCAGGACAAAAUCCGCCCCUUGUGGAGACAUUACUUCCAGAACACGCAGGGCCUUAUCUUCGUAGUAGACAGCAAUGACAGAGAGAGAGUGACAGAGUCUGCAGAGGAGCUUCAGAAGAUGCUGCAAGAGGAUGAGCUCCGAGACGCCGUUCUACUGGUGUUUGCAAACAAGCAGGAUUUACCAAAUGCCAUGAUAGUGAGCGACCUGACAGACAAGCUUGGCUUACAGAACCUCCGCAACAGAACUUGGUAUGUCCAGGCCACCUGUGCCACACAAGGCACUGGUUUAUACGAAGGACUCGACUGGUUAUCCAAUGAAUUGUCGAAGCGCUAAAGAGGCAAAAGAAGCAAGAACUGAAGCGAACAAGAGAGAAAGUGUGCGCGAGAGCGUGAAAUGAUAUUUUACAGAGAAAUUUGUCUAAAUUAUCAGUGUGUCUGUCUGGUAGAACUUGAAGUUAUGGACUUUGCAAUCAGUUCCUGUUGUAAACUCUUUUUUUCUUUUAUCUUGUUAUUCCCAAUGUUAAUUAGUCUUGUUUUUUGUUUUUUUUUACCCUAGCCUCUUCUCUGAAAAGUUUAAGUUGCAUGUUUUUAAAUGACAAAAAAAGCAAUUUCCAGACCGUUUGAGAAAGUUGGUACAGCAGAAAGUAGAGUGGACAAUAGGCGAGACUGGGUGAGACAGUGCUACAUCCUGUCUUGCGUCUCUGGAGUGCAACACUUCUGACACAUGCCACAAAAGUAAUAUGUUUAUCAUUUCAGCUUAAUGGCCUUCCUUGUGACAGCACUCCCCUGCAGUUCUGUUGAAUUUCAGCAGAAAUCAAUUGGCCAGAGUUGGGUGUUCAUGCAGUAAAGGGAGGUCACAGGAAUCAAAAUAAAAUAAGACAGGCCCACUGCUAAAGUAAUUUCACAGGCCAUUUAUUUCCAUCAAUACAAGUUGCAUUUCCCUAUUACCCAGUUAUGUUUUGUAUCCUUUAUGAUCUAAUGGAGAAAGAUUGAUCAGCCUUAUUCAGGACUACACUUGCAAAGGAAUACAUCUUUACUUCCCCCACCCCCCCUUCUCUCAUUUUAAACUGUAUCUUCAGUGCCGGUACAUGAUGUUGCAUUAUUGAGUUUUGUACAGUGCUUUGAUAAUUGCAGCUUUUGCUCGUGGUGCAAGAAGGAAAACGGGCACAGAGCUUGCAGGCUAGUGCUGUGGGUCCUAUUGUAAUUUUACCCUCUGUUUCUGAAAAAGUACCUUUCCACGGUGCCCUAUUCCUAAACACGCAUGAAGCAAACAGAGUACAAACCAUAGUGAUUCCUUUUGUUGUACAAAAAAAAGACCAUAAACAAAAAAUAACCUUGGUUACAGACCUUUAGCAUAAACCACCACAGCAAGGCUAUUGAUCAGAGAUGACCAUUACAAUGUUCCUUUUUGAAUGUUAGCUCAACAUGUCCAUGUUUUUGGUUUUGUUUUUUUAAAGGUGCAAGUUAUUAAAAAGUGGGAAAAUUGUACUGUGCAUGAUUCUUUUUUUACAUUUACGUUUAGUGUUGCUUGAAAAGGUUAUGGUGUAUAGUUGUCUGAAGGUCAGGGAAGACAUGUAGUGAGUGCUCUGAACCAGGAGAACCAAUACAAAUUUGUGCUGAUUGCCUAAUAAAUAUUUCAUUAUGUAUUUUUACAUCAGCUCAUUAAAAGGUAGUCCAGUACUAGCCUUGUCUCCAAUUAUACAUUAAAACUAGGAUGUACUUAACUUAACUGAGUUCAGUGAUCAAUAAAACUUUAACAGAACUGGGUGUAAAAAGUCACCUUUAGACAAUGUCUUGACUAUGCAGGAACUAUGUUUUUAUACAUCCUUUUCAUGAACACAUUCAAGUUAAACUAUUUGCCACAAACAUUUGUUUUCUUUUCUUUGUAGUCAUUGCCCUUUAGGUGAAUAUUCAGACUAAAUUAUGAAAAUGAGAGACUGCGUUUCUUACACUCUGAACCGAGUAAGCCUUAUGAUUUUCUUAGGUGUCCUGCCAAGCUGAUUAAAAUGUCACCUACUUAUGAAUUGUGUAAACUUGUUUCCGUUAACCACACUUUGCAACUUAAUUUCCUGUCAUGCUGUUAGGAGCUUUGUGUUGUGCAUUUUUUUUCUUCCUGUUUGGUUUGUUUAAAAAAACUGUGAUAUAAACAGAUGGUUGAUAAUACUGUACACCGUUGUAGAUCAUUAAAAUAUCUGGUCAGCUA